CCGUAGAACGUAUUUCUGUUCCUGUAUCAACGUAUAGAAGAAGAAAAGAAAAACAAUAACGUCCGAGGCAGGCUUAAGUUUUCAUCAGAGACAUUUAUUAUAUAUUUAAAAAAUAAUAAAAACAUUUCCUUAUAUCUGACACAAGCCAUACAUUCGUCGUCCUUCUCGAAGAUGAACUCUAAUGUAGAGAAUUUGCCCCCCCACGUUCUGCGGCUGGUCUACAAAGAAGUUUCUGCUUUGGCUGCAGACCCCCCAGAGGGCAUCAAGAUCUAUCCCAGUGAAGAAGACAUAACUGAACUUCACACAUCUAUUGAAGGACCAGAGGGAACACCAUUUGCCGGCGGCAUUUUCCGAAUGCGACUGGUCCUCGGGAAGGACUUCCCUGCUGUUCCGCCCAAGGGGUAUUUCCUGACCAAGAUUUUUCACCCAAACGUGGGUCACAAGGGGGAGAUCUGUGUCAAUGUGCUGAAGAGGGACUGGAAGGCAGAGCUCGGUCUCCGACACAUCUUACUUACCAUCAAGUGUCUUCUCAUCCAUCCAAACCCCGAGUCGGCGCUAAACGAGGAGGCUGGCCGCCUGCUUUUAGAGGAUUAUGCCGAGUACGAGUCCCGCGCCCGUCUCCUCACAGAAAUCCACGCUAUGGGCGGGCCGGGCGGGACCUCCGGGGCUCCUCAGGACCCUAACGAUGGCCCACAGCCAAAGAAGCACGCAGGUGACCCCAUGAAGAGAGCGGGGCCCAGCGUGGCAGCAGUACCAGCAGCUCUGGGUAAUGGAGCCAAUGGAGCCAGCACCACCAGCAGCAAUAGCAACGGUAGUAGUAACACCAAUAAUGUAGCAGGGAAAAAGAAAGCAGAUAAAAAGCGAGCUCUGAGGCGACUUUAAUACCUCGGCAAAAAUUUCUGUACGUAUGAAUGCGAGCGUGAGUGUAAAUAUAAAUAUUGAAAUGUGUUGACAGAAUUUUUAGUUGUUUUCUUUUUUUCUGACUCUUCCUGGACUAUCCCUAUUGUACCUCUGUUUUGCCUCCAGUUUGUUUUAUCCUAUUGGCUCUACAGGUUUGUUAAUUACUUCCAUACCUGAAGACACUGAAAAGCUUCUGAAUACAGAUUUUCAGCAGAAUAAUUCCGGUUAUCUGUAUUCUUCCUUUGAGCCAGUCUGAUGGAACUACACUGCAGAAAUAUGACAUGUAAUGUCUACUAUUGACGCAUAAUUCCUAUGGUUUUGGACUUUAUCAGGUAUUUUUAAAGUGUUUCUUGCGGCUGUGGUGGUACUGUGUACUGCACAGCCUGCCUUGUUAUUGAGUCUGAACUAGGACAAAGUUUUCAAAUUGAGCUCAAGGGAUUUUUAUGGAAAAUUUGCUGAAAAAAAAUAAAUAAAUAAAAGUGCACAUGCCCACUAUCGGGACAGAAACAAUGCUAGUGCGCCGAGCUGAAUUUUUAUAACCUGUAUUUUUCAUAUCAUGGUCUAUAUGUGAUAAAGGUAUGGAAGAAUUAACACUGGAUUAUAGGAAAUCUGUCGUUUUCUUCUUUUGUUUUUAAGAAAGAAAAAGAAUAUUUUCACUGUCCAGUAUUUUCAAAUAUUUGACAUGUCCGCACUCGGCUGUGUUGUGGUUGUGCGUGAAGAUGUAGAGCAGUCACCGUGAGGGAGCAGGGUAAGCUGGUAACUUUUAUAAAAACGUGCAAAACAAAUGACAAAAAAAAAUCUGAUCGAUUUACAUCCGGUGAAGUAUAGCUACAUCUGCUACCUACUCUUUCCCACUACUGAAACUUCUGUGGUUUCCUUCCGGAAACUGCAGAAGGCAUCCAUGUUGGCUCGAGUUUCCUCCUCAAUCACAGCACUGGCAGCGUUUCUUAGGCAGAUUUUGUUCUGUUCUAAAUGCAUGUGAGGUCCACAGCUCCGGAGGAAAUGCUCUGAAAAGACGCCUGUGAAACUCCGGUUAUGGGAUCAGCUGAUGGCUGGAUAUUUUGUGUCCAUUUUAAAUUAUUUGAAAUAAUAAAACAUUGAAAUAUGACAA